AUGCGCUGCCUCGCCGUCGUUCUAAUUCUCAUUAACGUCAUCUGUGCCGUUUCAGCGUUUUAUGUGUUGAGGAGCAGCGGUCAAGGAGCCGUCGACGAUUCGUCACUGAUCCGUUUGCGUCGUAGUGGAAUCCUUUUUGGAAAAUUGGCAAGAAACUGGGCGGCAGAUGACAAGCGUGUCGUGUUGAGACCCCUUGUGGAGUACGAACCAGAUCCUUGGCAUUGA